UAUAGACCACAUGUAAUCCAUGUAAUGUGCGGUUUAUUGGCAGAUCUUCACUCUCUUUAUAAGUUACUGUUAAAUUUUCCGAGCAAUGUGCCAGUGCGCUCUUGUUGCGCUUUUCUGAAAGAAGUAACCAUUCAGAUGAUCCCUUAAGCGCGCCGGUGCGAGGUGAGAUUCAGGGUAAGGAUUAUACACGUAAAACGCUUAUGCAGAUAAACAUGUGAAUUUCAGUUUAGAAUGUUAACAGACAGAUGUUGUUGCAUGCAAAGAAAACAGGCUGUUUAGAUGAAAGGGUUUCAAGUGUAAAGCCGCUGCGUAGUGGGCGGAGCAGUGCGCCUUCACUGACUGCAGCUGGAGAUGUCGGUAUGCAGAGCUGAAGCUUUUCUGCUGCAUUGAUGCCAACAUGAGUGCAACUGAGAGAGAGAGACAUCAAAACACAAGACUACAGCAUUUUCUAUCAGACCUGGCAAUAUUAGGAUCCUUACAGGGUUUCCUUUAUUUUCAGCCCUGGCUGAGGGGGAAAGAGGAACUGCUGCUGACUGUUGUCAAUGAAGAUCUGGGAUGGCCUUCUCCUGGUUUUCCUGCCUCAGUUGCGUCAUCCUGCACCAGUCCUACUUGCAGUAGUAGUUACAGUCUGGACAGUGACUAUGCCAGCUCUCCACUACCUAGCGAAGGUCCCCAACCACAACAAAGACCUCAUUCACCACAGGCCUCUCAGCAGCAGCCUAGCAGGAGUAAUGAUUUGCAUCAUCUCCCAGCUUCACCCAGUGAGAGGGAGAUCGCUGUGCCAGAAAUUAAUUGCACCCUUUUCCUGUUGGCUGGCUAUGCUAAAUAUGGACGGCCAUAUGCAUGGAUACGAUCCAAUCAUGAACGUUUGAUGAGUGUCGGAGGUGCUGAUUCACUGGCCAAAGAUAGACCAAUGAAACUCAAAUCCAUCAGAGACUGGGUUUUAACUUCUCAAGGAACACGGGUGUGGGAUGUGGUUAAUGAGUUGGUGGGUCUGUGCACCAUGCCCCCUCCAGAUAAUCCCUUCUCUCUGGAUAUGCGCUACCUCCAGACCCUUCCCCUCCCAGAGCGCUUCCUUGCCACUGGAGCCCUCCUUAACUUCUUGGAGAUGAUUGUGGUUCAAGGAAGUCGCAAGGAACCAUUCUAUGAUCUGGUUGUGGAGGAGAUCAAGUCCUUGAGGCAACUCCAUUUUCAGAGUCUCGCUGAACUCCUGAGACGCCGUAAUGUCCAGAGCAGGAGCUUCUCUAAACUGGACUCUCCAGAGAAGUGGCAACCUUCAUCAAACGGCCAUGGCUCUGGAGAGGACACCUCCCAAUUUGAACACAAAGUAACAGUAGCAAGUUCUCAGAGACAAGAACCAAGAUGAUACUCAGAUGCAUAGAAACCAGAAGGUCCUGUUAUGUUGUGAACUACAACUUUUGAGAAGGUCCACUAAAAUGUUCUAAAUGUGUAAGAUGUACUGUUUAUCUCACUGUAGAUUUAGAAACUUUUAGUUGCAUGUAUAGUAUACAUGUAUAUGUAUAGUAUAUAUAGUAAAUAUUUUAUGCCCAAUUACUGCUGCUUGGUUUAAUUAUUGCAAUUCCUUAAUUGUUCAUCUGAGGCUGCUGAUUGCUCUGGAUAAAAUGCAUACUAAAGAUGAAGCCUGUGCUUGCCAAAGGUGUGGGGAUUUUAGGAUGGUUUUAUGAGGAUAUAUAGUGAAGGGCUUACUGUGUAUCAAAACUGUCUUUGCAACACUGCAUAUCAUUUCUUAUGACACUGUAAAUAAACACUCAACUGAGUCUCACUCAGGCCCAAU